GCUGUUGACGAACGCUGAGACAUGUCCCGGGGUGGAGAAGGUGUCCAUCUCAUCCCCAAGACCUGAGCUGGGAUUGGUGUCUGGUGUGACUUUGACUGCUUCUGAUAUCCUGGACGUGAAGGAUGCACCGGAUUUGAUGCCACCGCAUGGCAUCUUCAUGGUUAAGGGGUGGUCGCGCUCCGUGGCGGCUAUUGCAAUCAUGGCCUGUGCGUGGACUACCCCAAGCUUCCGCGAGGUCACCUCGUCGUUGCAAGAGAUGGUCAAGUCUUCCGGCGCGCAGUAUGUUUGUGUCAUUUGCAUUGGGCCCAACCGCCCGUUCUUGUGCAAGCACGCUGACGGCGAGCUUUUGCAAGCGUUAGAAACAUCAGUUCCGCCGUUGGAUGUCAGCACCAUCGCCAUUUUUCGCCCGUCUUUGAGCCGCUACGAGAAACAGGUGGCCGACAUCAAGGUCAAGGAUGAUGAGAAGUAUGCUGAAGCGGUGGCCCGUGCGACUUUCACUCACUUGGAGCAACAGCUCAAGUCAGACCUGGCUUUGAUGGAGAAUUUCCUCGAACAAAAAGCCAUCCACUCCAAGAGACAG